GUUAUUUUUUAUUCCCUACGUAGUGCGAAGCGCUGAACGCGUACACCGGAUCUGGCAAAUCGCCGGCUUGAGAGUGUUCGAGAGCUGGAAUUCAUUCGUGGCAGCACCAUUGUUUUGCCAUCGGCAGUAGAGCGAAGGUGGUGUGCGUCGCGUUUUUGGUGCCGUCGUCGAUUUAGCGGUGUGUUUUGUCGUCGACCGAUACGGGUUGGUUGUGUUUGGUUGUUUGUAAGUUGUUCACGGAAUUAAAGUGUGUGUUCGUGCAGCAAAAACGUGUCACCGUCGAGUGGUGAACAGCAGCGGGCCGGCCCAGCACGGCUUGUGUUUGAUUUGCGGCUUUAACCGCACGAUUACGUUGUGCGCGCGGAAUUGAUUGCGGGCCCGUCGGUGUCGGUUGGCAAAAAAGAAAACCAGUCUUCAAUCGAGCUAAUCGUUUGCACCGGUGGGUGAGAGGCAGGGAGAAGUGGAGCGGAGUAAAGAGGGGGAAAACUUUAUUAAGCAAACACACCAAACAGGAGAACGAGCAGCCGAUGAAGAAAAACGAUCAAGCUGAAUAAACAAAAAACGUUCUCGAACGCUCCGGUUGGAACAACUGCGGCACAGCCCAAUGUAACGGCAUAGACACAGAAAGAGAACGAGAGAAGACUGCCCGUGGCCAAAACUAAAGAUACAAACCGAACGCGGGGAAAGUAGCUGAGCGACAGGAAAGACGUCUCUCUAUGGUUCCGUGCCGUAGGAAAGCGAUUGUGGUGGAAAUUUGAACAGUGAAGAAGGUUCAUCAUUACGUGUCCGCGAGCGACCGAUUGACCGGACAAACUCUGUCGGUGAACACCGCGGGUGUACGUUUCGCUGUGUCGCCGCCCCCCAAUCUGUCCGUGAAAGGAGUUGAACACUCUCCCUCCCAGAGCGGAGAUUUCCAAUCGCUCCGAUAUAUAGCGGAAGGAGCUGGUUUCGGAAAAAAACAAAACACAAAAAGGGUGAAGGAAGGAAGUGAAAUAAUUUCGUUAUUAGCAGCAACAACACAUACAGCCGCGGCGCGUUUUCAUGUCUGUGUUCGUUUGUAAGUGGUGAAAAGCAGCGGGGGAAGAAAAAACGGUGGAAAAAAGGAAAAAUUUAAUAAAAAAAUCGGAGCAAAUUUUUUGUUCUUUUGCUCUCUCUCUACCGUUUGUUGAUUGAUAAAUUGAUUGAUCGUUAGUGGUUAAGUGUUGGAUAGGCGCCGCCAAUCCGAGUGCGUGUGUGUGUGUUGAGUUUUUUUUAUGUGUGUGCAAGCGGCGCACGAUAAGAUGAAGAAAAGCUUUAAAAAAGGCCUGCCAAGAGUGGAAAAGGCGUAGCUGGGUGUAAUUAUUUGGGAGUAGUUCCCCUGCUCCAAACCUCCAUCUCGACGUUAUUACUUUGGUGCAUUUGUGGCGAAAGAAACCAACACAAAAAAGCAAAAGAAGAAGAGAGAGAGAGAGAGGGAGAGAUUGAGUGGGAAGUAAAGAAAAGAAAAAAGCACCCGCUUGAGCAGGCGUUACGAAUCAAUCGAGAAGCGAUCGCGCGUCAGCGUUGGAUAAUAUAUAAUGCUUGUGGUGCACAUCAAAAUGAAGAUGAUGAUGAUGCUGCUCCUGCUGCUGAAGGAGAGUGGGCCGUAACGAUCGCGCGGCUGUGGAUGAUCGACACAACCCCUUAUCGUACCGCCCCCCAUCCCACACAACGCACCGCGGGAAAAUAUAUUGUUUGUUCGAUAAUGAAAUCCAAUUAAUUGUAAUUAAUCUCCCAAAAAAACCCCGAAAAAACGCGCCCAGAUAGAAAGAGGAGAGAGAGAGAGAGAGCGACGGUGGUGAAGUGAAUGAUUACACUAUUUGGCCGCGCAGCGCGCAUCUUGAUUGAUAAUCGUGUGUGCCCGAGCAGGGGGAAGCGAGAGCGAAAGAGCGAGAUAUAAAGCGUGAAUUAAAAGUAUUACACAUACGCGAAGGUGAAAAUUGAAACAAAAUAAGUGAUUUCCGGUGUGCGUUUCAAAUUGCGGCGCAUCUUUUUUUCCGACGAACGCGCGGUACUAACGGGUGUGUUGUGUUGAAUUGUUUUCUUUUAUAUUGUGUGUGUGUGUUUUUUUUUUCUUCGGUUCUUCAACAGUGUCGGCCAGUGCAAUAGCGCGCAGUCAGUGUCCGAUCGUGUGUAUUUAUGUUCUAGAGAAGGCAAAAAAGGAAAGGCAGCAGCAAAGUGUGAUUUGAUGAAAAUCGAGAAAAUUACCAUAGUGUAUCAACAGCGGGCUGCUGCUUGUGUGUGUGUGUGUGCGUUUGAGUGUAAGUGUGUGUAAGUGUGUGAAGAUUACCACCGAUCCAUCCACUGAUUGCGAAUAAUUGAGCUAAAAAGUUGUAGGCCGAGGAGGUAUCGGGGUCCGAUCGAAUUGAUGUGAAUAAUAGGCGCAGUGAUUGAAAUAGAUUUGCUUGGAAGCCGGCCAGAACAACAAACAGAUUGUGGAGUGGUGGAGUGCCCACAGAUUCCGAACCGUAGCUAACGGGCGAACACGAACACACUCUACACCAGCAUCAUCAUCAUCAUCAUCAUCAAUCACCAUGUAUCCAGCACCGACUCGGCAUCCAUCGGCAUCGGUGAGUUCUUCAAAAUACAUCCCUUCAUAUCUGGGCGGACCGCCUCCCCAGGGGCGCCAGUUCACGAUAGCGGAAACGCUGGAACGGAUUAAAGAAGAAUUCAAUUUCCUGCAGGCACAGUAUCAUUCACUAAAACUCGAAUGUGAUAAGCUGGCGAGUGAAAAAACAGAAAUGCAGAGACAUUAUGUUAUGUACUACGAGAUGUCCUAUGGAUUGAACGUAGAGAUGCACAAACAGACCGAAAUUGCCAAACGACUGAAUGCCCUCAUCGGCCAGCUGCUGCCAUUCUUGGCAACGGAGCAUCAGCAACAGAUCGCCUCAGCCGUGGAGCGAGCGAAACAGGUCACAAUGCCGGAACUGAACGCAAUCAUUGGUCAACAUCAGCAACAGGGAAUUCAGCAACUUUUACAGCAGAUUCACGCACAGCAGAUACCGGGCGGACCGCCGCAACCGAUCCCGGGGCUCGGAGCCCUCGCCGGCCCGCUGACCGCGUUCGGUGGCCCGAUGGGUUUGCCGCACGGAGCGCCGCAAAGUAUGCUGAAGGCACCGCCCGAUCUGCACCGGGAGGACUUGAAAGUGCCGCUCGGUGGACCCUCCGCUGAGGAGCGUAUGCGCAACUCCGUAUCACCGGCGGAUCGGGAAAAGUAUCGACCACGAUCACCCCUCGAACUAGACGGCGAAGCAAAGCGGCGGAAAGAGGAAAAGCUUAACCACGAAAGUGAUGGUGAGAAAAGUGAUCAGGAUUUAGUGGUGGACGUCGCGAACGAAACGGGUUCACCGUCACCCCGGCCGAACGGCGACCAUCAGUCGGAUCGUGGCGAUCGGGACAGUAUCGGGCUGAAUGGCAGCGAUAAGGCAGGCUCGAGCAGUUUGAAGGGUGCCAACGAUCGACCCCCGUCCCGCUCUGGCUCGAGCUCGUCCCGAUCAACGCCCAGCCUCAAAACGAAGGAUCUCGAUAAACCAGGAACUCCCGGCGCGAAGGCCCGCGUCCCCACGCCCAACUCGUCCACACCCGGCGGUGUCCCGAAAGCCGUAGUACCUUCGCCAGCCGCCGGCUAUCCUCCCUCGCCAUAUCAGCGACCGUCGGACCCGUACGCCAGACCGCCGCCCGACCCGUACGGUCGGCCUCCGAUGCCUUUCGAUCCUCACGGUCACGUCCGCACCAACGGUAUCGCGCUGCCCGUGUCGAGCGGUAAACCUGCCUACUCCUACCAUAUGAACGGGGAAGGUGCCCCGCAGCCCGUCCCGUUCCCGGCCGACGCCCUUACCGGGCCCGGCAUUCCGCGACACGCCCGCCAAAUCAACACCCUCUCGCACGGGGAGGUUGUGUGUGCGGUCACCAUCUCGAACCCGACCAAGUACGUCUACACCGGCGGCAAGGGUUGCGUGAAGGUGUGGGACAUAUCGCAGCCGGGCAACAAGAGCCCCGUCAGCCAGCUGGACUGUCUGCAGCGAGACAACUAUAUCCGCUCCGUGAAGCUGCUCCCGGACGGCCGAACGCUGAUCGUCGGGGGCGAAGCGUCCAACCUGUCGAUCUGGGACCUGGCCAGCCCGACGCCCCGGAUAAAGGCGGAGCUGACGUCGGCGGCGCCCGCCUGCUACGCGCUCGCCAUCAGUCCCGACUCGAAGGUGUGCUUUUCGUGCUGCAGCGACGGCAACAUUGCCGUGUGGGACCUGCACAACCAGACGCUGGUGCGCCAGUUCCAGGGCCACACGGACGGUGCGUCCUGCAUCGACAUCAGCCCGGACGGGUCGCGCCUGUGGACCGGCGGGCUGGACAACACGGUCCGCUCGUGGGAUCUGCGGGAAGGUCGCCAGUUGCAGCAGCAUGACUUUAGCUCACAAAUCUUCUCCCUCGGCUACUGUCCAACGGGCGAAUGGUUAGCGGUCGGAAUGGAGAACUCGCACGUGGAGGUACUGCACGCCACGAAGCAGGACAAGUAUCAGCUGCAUCUGCACGAGAGCUGCGUGCUGUCGUUGCGGUUCGCCGCCUGUGGCAAAUGGUUCGUCUCGACCGGAAAGGACAAUCUGCUGAACGCAUGGCGUACGCCUUACGGUGCCAGCAUUUUCCAGUCAAAGGAAACCUCGUCAGUACUAAGUUGUGAUAUUUCGACCGAUGACAAGUACAUUGUCACUGGCUCCGGUGAUAAGAAAGCAACCGUGUACGAGGUGAUCUACUAAAAGGCCCCCACAACCCGUUUGUUGAGGAAUUGUCUGUGUGUGUAUUUUGCGACAGUGUAUAGAACAUCCAGCCGGCUAAAAAGGAACUCGCUUCGUACUGUGGUGCGUCCUAGAGAUUGAUCCAUUCUGUGCCGCUUCUGUCGCAGAUUCAUGUUAAUAAUGGUGAAACACACCGGGGCACUACGAAUCAACUACCACACACGGGCAACACAUCAAGUGACUUAAAUGUGACGGAAGAACAACGGCCGUUCGUGGUGAAUCGGGGGAGGAGAGAGCGCUCAAGCCCAAAUGCGACGUAGAGGAAUGCCUAACGUCAAUUGCACAUGUGAGCGCGUAUGCAUUCAAGCUGCUACUAUGUACAAAGGAAAGGAUAGAAGACACACAGCAUCAAACACCCACCCACCCACCACAUGACACACACACAUGAAUAAAAGGCAAAAAGGCGCCCUUCGAAAGCGGUGGCUACAUAUAAGUGUCGCAUUCGCUCUGAGAUUCGCUUAAUUAUUUGUUUUUUAGAUUUCUAAUCAUGUAAUAAUAUGUGAAUUGUAUGCUGCAUGUGUGCGCGCGCGUGUGUGUGUGUGUGUUCGGGCGUGGGAAUGUGUGUGUAUAUGAGAAGGAGGCGAAGUGAGACAGAAGUGCGAGAGAAAAAGUGGUAGCUUUUAAGCUAAGAAGAAGCAGAAUCACAAAGUAAAUAGUAAGUAACUUAAGCGUGUCCAAGUGCGGUAGGUAGCAAAGGUAAAACUGAAAACAGAAGGCAGAAGAAGUUAGUAAUCGGCAACACUGAACAACCAACAGCAAGAAGUCACAGUGAAGAACUUGACGUGCAUUAUGUAAAAAAAAAACAAACAAUCUGAAGGAAGCACAUUAAAAAAAAAAACAGGAUAAUCCCAUAUGAAAUGAGAUGUAAAAGCGCAUCGUCUAGUUGUUGAAACAAACAGUUUGAAUUUGAAAGGAUGAAAGGAAAGGCAAAAAGAGUAGAAGAAGAGCAACAAGAGAGAAAAAAAAACACAUAUGAAAAUGAAUAUGACAAAACAACAAAACAGAAGAAAUAAAAACGGAAACCACCACCUCUUCCCCAUCUUAACAGAGAAA